GGGCAGAUUUACUUUCGCUGAGUUAACCCUCCAAACAUCAUGUCUUCCGAGGAGAUGUAUCUGCUCUAUCAGGGAUUUCUGCUUCCUAAAGAGACUCACUCGUUGGAAAGUUUGAAGUUUGCGCAGGAAUUCACCUUUAAGGACGACGACGUCGUGGCUGUGCUGUAUCCAAAAUCAGGUACAGUCUGGAUGCAGGAGAUCCUCCCUCUGUUACUGAAUGGAGGAGAUUUGACUCCAAUACAAACUAUUCCCAACUGGGACAGGGUCCCCUGGCUGGAGGAGAAAAGAUUAGAGCUGGUUAUAGAUAAGUUAGCUUCUCCACGAGCCUUGGUCUCACAUUUUCCUUAUCACCUCAUGCCCCCGUCCUUCCACUCCUCCAAAGCCAAGGUCAUCUAUGUAAUGAGGAACCCAAAAGACACCUUGGUGUCUUCAUACUUCUUUCACCAAAUGGCCGGUUUCCUCCCAGAUCCUGGGAUGUUUGAUGAGUUUAUAACCACAUUCCUGGAGGGCAGGGUGAUGUUUGGAAAAUGGACUGACCAUGUGAAGAGCUGGAGACAAACGGAGCUGGGAGACAGAAUCAUGUACAUCACAUACGAAGAAAUGGUUCAGGACCUUCCUGCAGCACUCAGGAGGAUGUCAGAUUUCCUGGGUCGGGAUCUGAAUGAGGAAACCAUCAAGAAGAUAUCAGAGCAUUGCUCCUUCCAGAGCAUGAAACAAAACAACAUGUCCAACUUCAGCCUGGUGCCUAAGGUGUACCUGGACCAGGACAAGUCUCCCUUCCUCAGGAAAGGUGUCGUGGGAGAUUGGAGAAACCAUUUCAACUCCGAACAAGAGGCCAGAUUCACAUCAGUCAUUAAAAAAGAGCUGGAGAAGGAGAGCUUCACCCUGCCCUGGAGCCUGGACUGAACAAUACUCACAGAAGCUGAGUGAUAAAUAAGUUUGAUAGGCGCUGGUUGUUUUAUUUGAAUCUUCAAUAGUGUGUAACUGGAACACACUGCUUCUAUAAAAAACAAUUACAAAACUACAAUCAUGUUAUUGGGUUGUUCCUGUGUUUGCAGGUCCCAUUUCUAAUGGGCGUGUUCUUGUCAGGAAUGUCUGAAAUGCAGCAUUUUCAAAUUUGGCACAGACCUCAGCUUGGACUAAAGGAUGACUCCAUUAUAUUUUGUAGGCCAGAAUAACUGAGCUCAUGCUGUGAGAAACAUGUAGGAAGAUGCAAACAAAAGCUUCACUGACUGACAGGUUUACAUACUGUGCAAAGAUACACAGUAAAAGUAAAGGCAGCCAUUUAUGUCAAACAAUAUCGCUUUUCCAGACAAUAUAACCAAAGUACAGAAAUGUGUUACUGGCUUUGAAUCAUAUAUUUUUACUCCUUUCUGUUUUUAAGCUAUGGUUUAACACUAGAUUGAGUUCUAAUUAAGUGGUUAUAAUGCAUGGAAAAGUUUUACUAACCUUUUAUUAAUCAAGUAUUUCACUUUGUUUCACUAUUAUUAAUGAUUAAGUCAUUACUGAAUAAAGUUUAUACUAAAAGUAA